AAAAAUAUAGUGUUUGCUAUAUAAAUUUAGAUAUUUUUGAUUGAUUAAAAGUUAAAUUCUCAUUUAAAAGCAAAAAUAAUAGUAGGAAUAUUUAGUUUUCUCUUGAAUACAUAAACAAAAUAUAAUUUAAAGCAUAAACAUAAAAUGGAUAUGAUUGAAUAAAUUCUAAGCAAUGAAUCUUUCAUUUCAUUUGUUAGCAAACUUAUUGAUGAUAGAAUAGAGGCGAAGAAUUGCAAAAAUUUUAUAGUUAGUAAUAAAAAUAGUUUCAUAGUACCUGAAAACGAUAUAGAAAGUAGUCCAAUGAAUGAAAAUCUUUCAACUCAAGUUGAUGAAAGGAUAUCUAAAAUAUAGAAAAUGGAAAAAUUUAAGCAAAAGUCUAAAAGUUAGUCACAAGGAAAUGAAAUUAAGAGUUAUAUGCAACCCUCUAACAAAAAUGAAAACAAAUAGCUCAAUGAAGAUGAAGGAUAAAGUUAGUAUGAAAACAGAAUAUUAUAGAAUAUUUGUAAAAAUAAAUAUUUUUAAGAGCUAAAUAUAGAAAAAUAUCAAAAUUUUAUGACACAAUAAAGCAAUUAUUCAUAAAAUAACAAAUUUAUUGAUUAGCUAGAGUUUAGCACAAAUAUAGAUUAGAACUGCAAGGAAAUCAGUUAGAGCUUUUAGAAUAAUUUUGAUGUAAUUGAUAAUUAAAGAGACCAAGCCAAUCCUCAUGAAACUUUGUAAACUGUAUAAAAUUAGGAUUUUGAAAAUAAAUGUAGUGAACUUCCAUUCAAUUUCGAUUAAUAAAAAGUGGCUAAACACAACAACAGAACACUUUCCGAACCUUAAUUAUAGCUUAGAAAGUAAAAAAUAAUAAGCUAAAUUAGUGAUGUUCUAAUUGGAAUUUCAUAGACAAAGCUUGAAGAUAGCUUUUGUGCAGCAAUAAAUGAAAUCUAAGGCCAUAUUAAUUCUAUAUAAAAGAGAAUUUCUAUUUUAGAAAUUACUUUUGUGAAUGCCAGUUAUAAGGACUAAGUAAAUGAAUAAAACAAAGUGCUCAUAGAUAAUUCGUCUGUAAAUUUUGAAGAGAGCUCUAAAUAAUAUUAAAAAUGUGAGCAUGAUAACUUUUUAAGUGAAAAAACAUCAUAAAUUUUUUUGUAGCUAAAUGAAAUAAAAGAGAGUAUGGAAGAAAAAAUAAUAAAUGUGUGGAAAACUGUUGGUUUUAUUAAUUUAAAAAUAGAAGAUCUUGAGGUAAACCUUCAUGACUUAGAAGAUAUUGUUAAGCCUAAAAAUUAAAAAUAAGGAUUAUUUAGUAGAAAAUUAUUUGGCUUUUGA